AUGAUGAAAAUAAAAAAGAAAGAAAAUAAUCUAGGAGUAAAAGUGCCUACUCCGCCUAACCCGGGCCCGACCAGCCCGACAGGACCCCCUCCUAACCCAACACCGCCACCUCUCCCAACUCUUUUCUCAAUCCCGCCGAAGGAUUUGCUUUCCUCUACUUCCGAGACCCACGUCCCUCCUUCCCCUGCAAACCCUUCAACCCCCUCUCCACAACCAUCCACUCCUUCUCAAACGUUGGAGGAUGAUGGCUUCGUUCCUGCUGCUGGUAAAAGAAAAAGAAUUCCCAACAACUCGCCAAAGAGUGCAACGAGGACAGAGAAUGUACCUGUGUCUCCUUUGUCACCUGCACAAAAAAAGAGAAAAGAAGUAAUACAAGAGAAGAAGGAAAAGAAAGAAAAGAAAAAGAAAUCGCGAAGUGUUGCCUCGUCGCUGAGUCUCGGGAUCAUGGGAAUUACUCCUCUCGCUGAGGCCUACCAGACGAGAUACUAUAAUGUAGCAAGGAAAGAGGGAGAUUUUAAAUCCACAUGCCCUUUCCUUCUACACAGGGAAAUAAAGAAGAUAGAAAAAACAAACUCUAUCACAAAAAGUAGAGAUGGGAAAAUAUGCAUAGGAGUGACUGGGAAAGAGAUCGAGGCAAAACUGAUGUCAUUAAAGGCGCUUGCUGGACAUGAGGUCGAUUACCCCUCAUCAAAAGUUGAAGACCUCCAGAGGGGUAGUAGUAUGCCGUGA